CGUUCAGUUGUGUGCACAUUCUCAUCAGGACCUUGACAAAAUUUUUAAUGCCACAUGAUCCAAACAAUUCAACUCCGUCAAACAAAAAUAAUGGACAGACAAAAGUUAUGACUCCACCGUCUAAUGUCGAAAAUAAAUGCACGAGGGGUGAAGACUUCCGAAAUGACUACAUUUCUCUGUGUUUCUACUAUAAAUUGUGUCCUUCUACAUGCAUGAAGAAAAUACAACUUGAUAAGGGAAGAUUGCAUUGCACUCUUGACCUUUUAGAUUCGUCCGUGUGGACUCCUUUACUCGAAGCCAUUGAAAUGAAUGAAAGUUUAGAAGGGAUUGUUCUGCAUAGUGAAUAUUUAAAAAAAAUGUCAGGAAAUAUUAGUGAUUGUAAUAUUUACAGAUUCUUCUUAGAAAAAUAUAGUGUGUUAAAAGGACUUCCAAUAAUCCUUAAACCAGAAUUAUUGACUAAGUUGAUUAAAUCUUUAUCAGCUUGUAUCUACAAGAAUAAAAAUUUGAAAUUUUUAGAAAUAACUGGAUUACCGCUUUCUUUGAAUCACAUGGAAUGUUUAUCAGAGGUUUUCCCAGAAUCAAAUUCUUUACAGCAUUUAUCUUUAUCAGGGUGCUUUAUAGAAAAGAAUGGAUUAACAGUCUUGUGCAAGUGUUUGAGAAUCGUGCCAAGUGUCAAGGUGCUUGAUUUAAGUAAUUGCCACAUUACCCUUGAAGAUAUGAAGUGUUUAGUCUCUUUAAUUGAACAUCAAGCCAUUCAACGCAACACGGCAACUUGGUAUAAAAGUCUGCGAUACCGUCAUCCCAUUCUCGACAGUUUGCCGGGAAUCAGGAGAGUUACUUUAAAUGAUAAUGUACAAAUUGGAGAUGAAGGAGUUAAAUUAUUAACUGAACUGCUUUUUAAUGAUAUAUGGUUAAAAGCUCUGGACUUGCAGAAUUGCGACAUAAGUGACAUUGGUGCAAAAUCUCUGUUGAAUGUUUUAAAUCACAAUAUGGUUCUGGAAGUUUUAGAUUUACAAAUGAAUUCUUCUAUUGAUCAAGAAUUAUUAGAGAAAAUACAACAGCAGUUAGAUGAGAAUAAUAAAGGGAAAAUGUUUGAAUUUAACAAGCUAUCUUCAAAGAAGUGCUUGCUUUGCGAAUCCUUGAUGCAACGGGUGGGUAAAUUCACAAUGAAAGGAUCAAAGUUAAACAAAAAGCAUCAGAAAACUGUAACUGCUGGAAUUAAAGAGAAAACAAAGGCAAAACUGACACGGAGAGUGAACAGUCGUCCUCCUCCUAAAAACUGUGGCAUAGAUAAAGAAUCUGAUGUUUCAAGUUCUAGUACAAGUAGAAGUGAUGAAUUAGAAGAAUGGGUAAAUGCUUGUUAUCAUUUACAGAGAGAACUGAAGAUAUGUUUUCAACAACUGCAGAUUGAACAGGGAAAAAGAAAACUAGCAGAGAUGAAAGUCAAGCAGUUAGAGAGCCAAGGGAAAGCAUCUCACACACCUGGUUACACUCUGAUAGAUGAUGCUACAUUAAACACUAUUCAAAAUACAUUUGUAAAAUUCCAAGAAUUUCUAAAUUUUCUGAAAAUAUCUGGGUUAGAAGACAUAACUAAAUUUCAAUCAGGUGUGGCAGAUUUACAGAGCUUUAUUUCUGACAAGAAUCGUGUUGAAAGGGUUAAUGGAGACUUCGCAACAGAAGAUACGGCACGGAAAGAGGUUUAUAUACCGGAUAUGAUUCAGAAUUUAAAUUUUGAAACAACACAUGCUCCUGAAAAUGUGAGCAACAAGCAAGAAGAAAUGAUAUUGCGCAAUAUAAAUAUGAAUUCUAAUAGAUAUAAUACAAAUAAUACUAAUAAUGAUGAUUUGUUUAAUAUUAUAAGUGAAAGAAUUUCAGUGAAAUUGAACCAUACAGAGAAUACUUUAAUUAAUUCCAUAAUAAAUCAAGAAAAUAAUUCAAUGGAGAAAACAUGAAAAACAUUAAAGUAACUAGAUGUAACUUGUUUAUAUAAAAUAUAAUAUAUAGAACUGUGUGAAAUGGAACUUUUUGCUAAGCACUUAUUGUAAUAGUUUUUUUAGAUAUUAAAAAUAACUCUUUUCA